AUGGAUGUCAACGUACUGUUGCAAUGUUUUGCUGGCACCUUAGAUCAGAAUGCUCAGGUCAGGAGUCAGGCUGAAGGUCAGUUAAAACAGAUUAGUUUUACUCCUGGGUUCUUGGGGGCUACGUUGGAUAUAAUUUCAGCUGAACAGACCCCUGAAAACGUCAGGUUGUCAGCAUCAUUGUACUUUAAAAACAAAUGCGUCAAUGGAUGGACAGGUAAGUACAACGGUAAGAAUGAAUUGUUAGAUUAUGUGGUGGAUCAAGAUGAGAAGCCAGUGAUUAAGGAUAUGUUGAUACGAACUCUUAUUGUUUGUGUGAAAGUAAGUCCAGGCUCCACUAGGGUUUUAAAGAAUGCCCUAAGUAUAAUCAUAUAUGAGGAGUACUCUCAAGGAAGAUGGGAUGACCUUUUGACCCAAUCGAUUAAACUUUUAUCUGGUUCAGAUGUAGAUGGAGCAUACGUGGGGCUACUUUGUCUAAGUGGGAUCUUCAGAACUUACCGUUGGAAGGAGAACGAUUCGAGACAAGGUCUGGAGCUCUUAAUCAUUCAGUAUUUCCCAGAUCUUUUAAAAUACGGUGAAACUCAACUUUUGGCCCAAGGUGCCAAUCUAAAUGAUGCCAAAUUGGGUGAAAUGCUUUUACUCUUGAUCAAAAUUUACAAAUUUGUCACUUAUUUGGAUUUACCGUUUACUUUACAGCGACAAGAAUCUUUCAUUCCAUGGGCAAAUUUCUUUGUUGCCAUAAUCCAACUGCCACUACCUGCAGAAUUCACGACCUUAUACGAUAACGAAUCUAGAGCUAAAAACCCUUGGGUUAAAUGCAAAAAAUGGUCAUAUGCAAUCCUUUACAGAUUGUACCAAAGAUAUGCAUCCGAUUCAUUGACAAGAAAAUUUGAAUAUGAAGAAUUUAAACCCUUGUACAGAGAUCAAUUCUUACCACAGUUAUUACAGCUGCUUUUUCAACAAAUUGAACAGUGGGGGGAUGGUAGUCUUUGGUUAAGUGAUGAAUCAUUUUACUAUAUCCUCUGCUUUAUCGAACAGACAAUCGUUCAGAAGGCCACUUGGAAACUGGUUCAACCUUAUUACGAAACUCUUUUAGAGCAUGUCAUAUUUCCCUUACUUUGUCCUAACGAUGACAAGUUGGAAGUAUUUGAAACUGAUCCCCAAGAAUACAUCCAUAGAAAUUUGGAGUUAUGGGAUGAGAACUAUUCCCCUGAUUUGGCUGCGGUAUCUGUGUUGACCACAGCGGUUACCAAACAUGGUAAGACUACUUUACAACCCACCAUUCAAUUUGUAAUCGCCACUUUACAAGCUAACUUGGGUAACUCUACAAAUUUGAGCAGUGCAGUAAAGAUAGAAUCUGCAUUUAGAAUUUUCUCCAGCAUCAUUGAUCGUUUGACAACAAAGGACUCACCUUAUUUGAAUGAAUUAGAAACUUUCCUCAAUUCUUUUGUAUUCCCCUUUUUUGAAUCACCAUUUGGAUUCCUAAGAACAAGAGUUUGUGAGAUCUGCUCUAAAUUAGGUACUAUAGAUUUCCAAAGGGCCACACUUGUCGAUACCAUUUAUAAAGGUAUCAUGUUCUGUAUGAAUGAUACUACAGGUUGCCUUCCGGUACAGCUAAUGGCCGCACUUGCGUUGCAAGCAUUCAUACACGUUCCUGAAUUUCAAACUGCAUUGUCAUCUUCUGUCUUGCCCACAAUGCAAAGACUAUUAAAUAUUUCAAACGAAUUCGAAUCAGAUACUAUAUCAGGUGUGAUGCAAGAUUUUGUGGAACAAUUCGCAGAUCAAUUACAACCAUUUGGUGUGGAUUUAAUGAACACCUUAGUUCAACAGUUUCUAAGACUUGUCAUUGAAUUACACGAAGCGUCUAACGUGGAUCCCAAUUCAUUACUAGACGAGAGCGAUAUUCCUGAUGAAAGUGACAAACAGAUGGCUGCCUUAGGUAUACUUUCCACAACGAUUUCCAUCCUGUUGUCGUUUGAAAAUUCCCCAGAAAUGGUUAAAAGUUUGGAACAAUCAUUUUAUCCAGCCGCCGAGUUUAUCUUGAAAUAUGAAGUGGAAGAUUUUUACCAUGAAUGUUGUGAGUUUGUAGAGAAUUCUACUUUCUUACUUAGGAGUAUCAGUCCCAUUUCGUGGAAAAUCUUGGAACUGAUUGGUGAGAGUAAUAGAAGUGAAAAUAGUAUGGUUUCAUUUUAUUUGGAAGAUUGCAUCUAUGCUCUUAACAACUAUUUACUUUACGGUACAGAUGAAUUGAAGAAAAAUGAAUUUUAUUCCAAAAUCUUAUACGAGAUUUAUGAUAGAGCUUCUCGUGAUGAAGAUAAGGCAUUAAGUGACUUCACAACAGUAUUCGAUCUAUCUCAAAAGAUGAUACUUUCAUUGAACCAUCAACUCCCUGAAACAUACGGCCAUAGAAUUAUAAAUGAUGCGGCACAAGCCAUCGUGGCCAAUCAGGAAGAAUUGAAGAAUAACAUUGUAUUUGGUGUCACCACUUUUAAUGUAGUUGUUAGUGGACUAGUGUAUUUCCCACAAUUGACUUUGGAAAUUUUACAAAGUAGUCAAUGUUUGGAAGUAUUCUUUAAAACCUGGUUAGAAUUUUACGUGCCUAACGUAAAACGUGUAUUUGACAUUAAACUAUCGAUAUUGGCUCUAUUAAGUCUAAUGACAGAAAUUCCACAACCUACGCUAGACACUUUGUUUGGCGGACCAAUUUUUCCUAAGCUAGGUAAAAUCUUAAUCGGAUUAGCCUCAAGAUUCCCACAGGCUCAAAGACUCCUGCAAGAGAAACGUAUGGGAUUCUCUACUGGGUCUUUCAGCUUAGACGAUCUAGAGGACAUGAAAAACGAUUCUAGCACUUUGAAAUUUGUCAACGGUGAAUCUCUGGAUACCGAAGAAGAUUUCGAAGACUUAGAAGAGGAUUCACUAUCAGGAUCUCUACUGGAUACCAUUGAUAUCUAUGCCUCCAUAAAGCUAUUUGCCAUUAACCUGAGGAACACAGAUCAGCACAAAUCUACAACAGUCGUAUCGGAAAUGACACCUGAUGAGCAAGAGACCUUCAAGAAGAUCAUAUUGUGA